CCCAUCGAAGAUCAAUGUACCGGUAUUGAUCAUAACGGCCAUAGCAAGCGUGAUAUUGCUCAGCUGCCUGCACAGGUCGUUACACAGGUUCCUUGCUUUUGCUUGAUGCAAGGCCUUACAUAAUAAAAAUGGACAAAAGGAGAGUUUCUGGUGGAAAUUCUCGGAAAUUCUUUGACAAGGUCACGCUAAACAAGGAUGUACCAUGGGAUCCCCGACGUGACGGCCCCAAGUUCAUGCUGGCUCUGCUAGAGUACAGCGACCCUGUUGAAAUGCUUUACCGCCUUACCAACCCCAAUGAACACGGAGCUGCACGCCUCAAGUCGGCACUGACUGCGGAUGGCUCUCCGUCGUACAUCAACAGCUACGUGGCACCCCUCCUCAAGAAACUAGGCGGUGAUGAACUCAGCGGCGGAACAGUGAGGGCCCCGCUGCUGCAGCUGCUGGAGCAGGUGUACCGGGUGCCUGGGCUGCUGGGCUGCCUGCAGGCCGCAGUGGCGAGCGGACAGCUGGCGGAGGCGGCGCCGGUGGGCUGGUUCCUACUCAUGCUGGCCACAGAGCUGGACGAGGUACGGCGCAGUCCCGAGGUACGGCGGCUGGCUGACCUGCUGGCCGCUCAGGGCGGGGAUGGCGCCAAGGUGGCUCAGAGGCUGCACAUGGUGCUGGCGGGAGCGGCGGAGGCGGCGGCGGGGGCUGGUGCCGCCGGCGUGACCGGUGGGCGUAAUAAUGGUGCCACCACUCGAGCCUCCGCCCGAGCCAGGGACGGCAGCGGUAGCGGGCGGCGGCAGCAGGGGGCCGGAAUAGCCCUGGAGGACUUGUUGGCGGGGCCGGGCGGCAGGCACGACAACGACCAUGUGGACUACAGGUCAAUCCAGAUCCUGACCACCUCAGACGAGGCCCUAUGCGAGCGGCCCCCCUACCUGCCCCGCCGCUCCGCUGACGACGAAGCCGAGGACGGCGAGCUGCCGGGCCCCUCGCCCCACCUGGCCUCCAACCCCGAGGCCGCCCUCCUGGACCGCCACUUCCGACUGCUGCGGGAGGACUUCGUGCAGCCGCUCAGGCAGGCACUGGCUGUGCUGGGGCUCAAGGAGGGUGCGGGCAAGGGCAAUCCAGCCGCCGCCGGGCAGCCCCGCUUGCAAGAGCGUCUGGCCAUGUCCGUGUCUUUCGUACAGCGCAACGUCUUCCCUCUGGUGGCGGUAGUGGGAGUGGCGCACAAGCCACGGGCCUGCGUGCAAGUGGCGGUGGCGUUGCCGCCCGGUCAUAGGGCGAUGCGCUUGAAGAAAGAGGAGGAGCGGAAGGAGUACUGGAGCGAGUACGGCAAGGGUACGUUGCCCAUGGACGCGUUGGUAUGUAUCGCGCGCAUGCCAAAGAAGCAAGCCCAGGCGGCCGGUUCCCAGCAGCCGCAGCCACAGCCGCUGCUGUUUGGCACGGUGGUGCGGCGUGAGGCUGCUGAGAUGGCUCGCAAGCACCCGGAGAUCGGUCUGGUGUUUGAGCGGGGCCAGCAGGCGGGCGCGGCUCGGCUGCUGUCUGAGCUGGGCCGGGGCGAGCGGCUGGAGGGCGAGGAGCUGGCGCUGGUGCAGGUGUCCACCAGCUUCCCCUUCAUCCGGCCGGUGCUGGCCUGCCUGCAGUCCAUGACGGGGGUGCCGCUGGCGGAGGAGCUGGUGGCGGGGCGGCAGCCGGGACACGUCACCUACCUGCAGCCGGGAGCGGUGCAGGAGGAGCUGUCGUACCUGCAAUCCCGCAAGCUCGUCCUGGACCCCAGCCAGCGUGAGGCCCUGCAGCGCUGCCUCACCCAGCGGGUGGCACUGGUGCAGGGCCCGCCGGGCACCGGCAAGACGUUCAUCGGGGCGCUGCUGUGCGAUGCCAUCGUACGGCGCAGCUCCGAAACCAUCCUGGUGGUGUGCUACACCAACCACGCGCUGGACCAGUUCCUGGAGGCGCUGAUCGCCAAGGGCAUCACCAGCAUCGUGCGCAUCGGGUCGCGCAGCAAGAACAAGGCGCUGGCAAAGUACAACCUGCGUGAACUCACAAGCGCCGACAGCAACGGGCAGCGGCCGCGCCUGCCCCCAGUGGUUUCCCGACGCAUGUGGGUCCUCAAGACGAGCGAGGAAGAACUGGACCGCAAGGCCAAACGCCUCAAGCAGUUGCUGUUCCACACGGCGGGGCCAUUCCGACACCAGGAUAAGAACACAGAAAAGCAGCAACCGCAGGAACAGCAGCAGCCGGGUAAGCAGUCUCGGAAGGGAGCGGCGGGUGCUGCAGGUACGGAUGCUGCCUCCCAGCAGCCGCCUCCGCCCCCGCCGCCAGCCGGCCCUGCUGUGGACCUCUGGCGAGAGCUGGAGGAGUUUCUGGCGGACGAGCAUGAGGACGCCUGGGAGCAGCUAAUGGGCUUUGAAAUCGAUGCGGGGGGUGAAUCCAGGUGGCAUGAGUGGCUGCGCGGCCUGCCCUCUCCAACUUCUGUUAGGGACCCUGGCUAUGAUGAUGGCUGGCAAGCCUCCAAGGCGGCCCAGAAGAAGGCGGCGGCGGGGAGCAUCAGCUACAACAAGGCAGAGGAGCUGCUGUUUGAGCAGGCAGCUGCCCUGAGGCCUGCGGUGGGCAGUGGUGCCGGGAGCAACUUAAGCGGGAUGGGCGAGGUCUCUGAGAGUGGAGACCUGUGGCGGCUUCCCCUCCCGCAGCGGCUGCAGCUGGCGGCCAGGUGGCUGCGGGAGCUGCGCGGCAGGUGGGCUGCUGAGCUGGCCACCUCGCUGGCUCGCUUCCGGGAGCUGCAGGCGGAGAUCCGCGCGCUGCACGACGACCGCGACCGCGCCGUGCUGAGUGGCGCGCGCGUGAUCGGGGUGACCAGCACGGGCGCCGCCAUGCACAAGGAGCUGCUGGGGGCGGUGGGCGCGGGGGUGGUGCUGGUGGAGGAGGCGGGGGAGCUGCUGGAGGCGCACGUGCUCACCAGCGCGGGAAGCAAGACUCAGCACCUCAUCAUGAUCGGCGACCACAAGCAGCUCCGCCCCAAGGUGGACUGCUGGUCGCUUGCCGUACAGUCGGGCUGCGGCCACGACCUGAACGUGUCGCUGUUCGAGCGGCUGGUGCUGGCGGGCUUCCCGCACACCCCCCUGGCGGUGCAGCACCGCAUGCACCCGCAGGUGUCCGCACUGGUGCGCCCCACCUACCCCGCGCUGGUGGACGCGGAGGCGGUGGGCCGCCACCCGCCGCUGCGGGGGCUGCAGCCGGGGCGGCGGGUGGUGUUCGUGGACCACCGGGAGCCGGAGCUGGGCGAGAAGGAGGGCGGCAUGUGGGGUGCGGCGGCAGCGGGGCAGGUGUCCAAGGUGAACCCCCACGAGGUGGCGCUUGUCCGCGAGGUGGUCCGCUACCUGCUGCGCCAGGGCUACGGUGCGGGGCAGCUGGUGGUGCUGACGCCGUACCUGGGGCAGCUGCUGGAGCUGCAGAGGGAGCUCAGCAGGGACAUGCAGGUGCUGCUUGACGAGUUGGACCUGAGCGACCUGCGGGCCGCUGCCAAGCCCCAGGCGCUGGAGGGGCUGGCGGAGAGCACCGGGCCCGACAAGCCGGCAGCAGGGGGCAAGGGAGGCAAAGCAGGCGGAGGCGGCGGUGGAGGCAGCGGCGUCCGCAUCGCCACCAUCGAUAACUACCAGGGCGAGGAGUCGGACGUGGUGAUUGCCUCCCUGGUCCGCAGCAACGACGCCGGCAGCGUGGGCUUCCUGCGCGAGCCGGAGCGCAUCAACGUGCUGCUCUCGCGCGCGCGACACGGCAUGCUGCUGAUCGGCAACUCCCACACGCUGCGCCACGCCAAGCACCCGGAGGCCCGCCGCCACUGGGGCCGGGUGCUGGAUGCGUUGGAGGCGGAGGGAGGGGUGCUGCCCGGGCUGCCGGUGGCUUGCCAGAGGCACGGUACGGUAGCGCUGCUGGAAUCGCCCGCGGCGUUCGCACAGCACGCGCCGGACGGGGGCUGCCGGCGGCCGUGUCAGGCGGUGCUCAAGUGCGGGCACCCCUGCACGCUGAGGUGCCACGCAUACGAUCCCGACCAUGAGCGGGUGGUGUGCGGACAGGAGGUGCUGGACGUCUGCAGCCGGGGACACAGCAUCGUGCGGAGGUGCUCACAGCGCAAAGAGGAUUCCGUCUGCACCAUUUGCACUGAAGUUAGGCAGGUUGAGGUCCAAGAGCGUCUUGAGCUGGCCAAACUGGAGAAGCAGGCGGAGGCUCAGCGCAAGGAGAUGGAGCUGCAGCGCGCGCGGCUGCAGGCGCGCAUCUCGCAGCUGCAGCAGCAGGCGGCGGCGCUCGAGGAGCAGCGGCGGUCGCGGCAGGAGGCGGUGCGGCUGGAGCUGGAGGCGCUGCAACUGGGGAAGCAGGUGGAGCUGCAGAGAGUGUACGGCGCCGUAGAGCUGGCCGAUUGGGAGCGAGAGCAGCGGCAAGAGGCGGCGGCGCAGAUGAAAUCACUGGAGGCGGAUGCCAGGCUGGAGGCACAACGGCGGAAGGAGGAGAAGGCGAUGCAAGCACAGCAGCGGGAGGAGGAGCAGCGCCGCCGGCAGCUUGAGAAGGCCGCUCAGGAGCUCCAGAACCUGGAGGAAAAGGCUCAGCGGGAGAUGCAGCAGAUUGUGAACGACAAGCGGCGGCUGGAGACCCAGGCGCAGGAGCGAAGGGGCGCGGCGGAGGCCAAGGAAGGCGGCAAGCUGCAUCAGUACCGAACGAUGAGCGCCUGGAAGGAGGCGGUGGCGAAGGCGGCGGAGGCGGCAGACGGAGGCGGCGAGGGCCUAUCGGCGCUGCGGCAGCAGAUCCGGGCGUCCGCUGCCGGGUCGCAGGAGGCGGCCCGGGACACGGCUGGCAGCCUGGAUGCGGUGUUCAGCGAGCCGGGACUGGGGGGCAGCCUGGUGGCGUAUGUGGGGGCAGACGCGGAGGAGGAGGCUGCGGAGCUGGCACGUAGCGGCGGCAGCGGCGGCAGCAUCGCCAAGCUCCGCCGAGGGCUAGCGCUGAUCCAGGAACGCAAGUGGCUUGACGCAUACAAGUACUUCUCAGCGACCAUUGAGCAUCAGCAGAAACAACAGCAGCAGAAGCAGGAAUCAGCUGCAGCAAUGCCGCAAACAGCAGAAGAGGACGACACUGUGGACGACGCCACGGCCGCGCUGUUCGCCAUCUGCCGCGUCAAGUCGGGGCUGCCUGCCGAGUCCGAGAAUAAAGGACAGGCGGUACGAGCACGGCCUUCAGCUACCUCUAAGGGACGAGCAGGGCCAAAGAGCCGGCCUCUGUCUCAGAAGCCUUCUCAGCAGGCAGCAGGCUCUUCCACCGCCAGCGGUCUCAGCCUGAGCCAAGCAGUGGGGCACCUGGCGGCGGCGCUUAUGGCUGUUCAGCAACGGGCGGGUGCCGCUGGGCCGGCCCGCGACAUAGCGACUGUACAGCUGCAGCGGACCGCAGAUGCGCGCGCCGCCGGGUCGGCGCUGGCGUACCUGCUGCACCCGCUGUCAGGGCAGCUGCCUGCCGUACUGCGGGAGGAGGCGCUGGGGCUGCUGCGGGAGAUGGCGCCGGUGCUGUCGGGACCGUUGAGGCCGGGCCCGUCGGCAGCAGCUCCGUCUUCAUCAUCAAAGCAGCUGCAGUGGGAGGCCCGGGCGAAGUCCAGCCCAGCGCUGAGCAAGCUGCUGCAGCUCACGGGCUUGGCGCCCGUGAAGCAGGCCAUGUUCCAGCUGGCAGCCAUGGUGGACCUGGACAAGGAGCGCGGUCGCGACCUGGGCGCCAAGCAGUACAACGUGCGCUUCUACGGCAACCCCGGCACCGGCAAGACCACCGUGGCCCGCAUGUACGCGGAGCUGCUCAAGGAGCUGCGCGUGCUGCCGGGGGCGGAGGUGGUUGAGACCAGCGGCUCUGAGCUGCUGACCGGCGGGGUGUCCAAGCUGAAGGAGCAGCUGGGCAAGCUGGAGAAGGGCGGAGUGCUGUUUCUGGACGAGGCAUACCAGCUCAACCCCAAGACAAACCCCAUGGGCGCGCAGGUGCUCGACUACCUGCUUCCCGAGAUGGAGAACCGUCGCGGUAAGCUGGUGGUGGUGCUGGCGGGCUACAAGAAGCAGCUGGAGGAGCUGAUGGCGCACAACGAGGGGCUGCCCAGCAGAUUCGUGCAGGAGUUCAACUUCCCGGAUUACUCGGACGAGGAGCUCUUCAUCAUCUUCCGCGACCUCAUCGCCUCCGACACCGACCCACGGUUCACUGUCGCCGACGAGCGCCACCUCCGCAUCGCCGCACGCCGCCUGGGUCGCCAGCGCGGCAUGGUGGGCUUCGGCAACGCGCGUGCAGUCCGUAACGCCUACGAGCAGGCCCAGCGGCGGCAGUCUGCCCGGGUGCUGUCCGAGCGGGGUGCGGGUCUGCAGCCUGACCCGCUGCUGCUGGUGCGGGAGGACCUGCUGGGGCCCAAGCAGCUGGACGUGAGCAGCUGCGAGGCGCUGCGGGAGCUGCAGGGCAUGAGGGGGCUGGCGGAGGUGAAGCAGCAGGUUGCGGACCUGCUGGGUCUGAUCCGCACCAACGCGGAGCUGGAGGAGCAGGAGCGCCCGCUCAAGGCGGUCAACCUGAACCGCAUCUUCCUGGGCAACCCGGGCACAGGCAAGACCACCGUCGCGGGUCUGUACGGCCGCAUCCUGCGCGACCUGGGUUUGCUGAGCAAGGGCGACGUGGAGGUGCGCGUGCCGGCGGACUUCGUGGGCAGCGUGCUGGGAGAGAGCGAGAAGCGCACGGAGGCCAUCCUGGAGGCCACCAAGGGGCGGGUUCUGGUGAUCGACGAGGCGUACGGACUGCACUCGGCCAAGGGAACCAGCGACCCAUACAGGGUGGCCGUGAUCGACACGCUGGUGGCCCGGGUGCAGGGCGUGCCUGGUGACGACCGCUGCGUGCUGCUGCUGGGCUACGAGGAGCAGAUGGAGGCCAUGAUGCGGGAGGCCAACCCGGGGCUGGCGCGGCGCUUCCAGAUGCGCGAGGCGUGGCGCUUCCAGGACUACGGGCCCGUGGACUUGCUGGCAAUUACCAGGGAGGCGGCGCGGAAGAGGGGCUGGGAGCUGGGCGAGGCCGCGCUGCUUGCCGCCGUGGAGGCGCUGGACCAGGAGCGCCGCAAGCCCAACUUCGGCAACGCGGGCGCAGUCAACAACCUGCUGUCGACUGCGGCGGUGCGCAUGGAGGGCCGGCUGCGGGGGCUGCCCCCGGCGCGGAGGGCGGCGGAGGUGCCGCAGGCGGAGGACUUCUUGCCGCCGCGACAGGGCGGGGCUGCAUCGGACCCCGCCGGCAUCUUUGGCGACCUCAUUGGAUGCAGGGAGGUUUUGUCCAAGCUGCGUGAGUGGCAGGCCACCAUCCUCGGCUGCCAGGCGGUGGGUCGCGACCCGCUGCAAGUGGUGGAGCUCAAUUUCCGAUUCGUAGGGGCGCCAGGCACGGGCAAGACCACGGUGGCUGCCCGCGUGGGUCGGCUGUUCGAGUCCUUGGGGCUGCUGGCCAGCUCCGAGCUCGUCAGCUGCUCCGCCUCCGACUUCGUGACGGGCUACGCCAACCAGGCGGCCGGCAAGACGCGUGAGAUGUUCAAGAAGGCGGUGGGCGGAGUGCUGUUCAUUGACGAGGCGUACAGGCUGAACCCCAAGCACGGCGGCCCAUACAUGCAGGAGGUAAUUGACGAGAUUGUUCAGAUGCUGACGGAGCCCGCCUUCAUGGGCAAGAUGGUGGUCAUCCUGGCGGGCUAUGAAGAGCAGAUUGAGGAGCUCAUGCGUGUCAACCCCGGCCUCAAGAGCCGCUUCAGCCAGCGCCUGCACUUCCCCGACUUCACGCCGGCGGACGCGGCCAGCCUGCUGCGGCUGCAGCUGCGGCGCGAUUACGGCAUGGAGCUGGCGGCGGAGGCGGAGGCGCAGCUAGAGGGCAUGGCGGCGGAGCUGGCCUCUGCCCCCAACUGGUCCAACGGCCGGGAUGUGGGCACCUGGGCCAAACGCACCUUCGCCGCCGCAUGCAGCCGCAGCUUCGGACCGCAGGCCCCUGCUGCUGCUGCUGCUGCUUCGGGCGGACCAGGGGGACAGGCGCAGCAGCAGCCCCAGCAGCAAACCGGCUCCCUCGACCCCGGUGUGAUCCUGGCGGACCUUCGCUCGGCACUUGACACGCUGCUGGUGGACAAGCGAGGACCUAAACCACGGCAGCAGCAGGGGCGCGGCAUACCUCCCAUCCUGCGCAUGGGAGCCUCAGAGGAUGGUGGUGAUGGCGACGAGGGUGCUGACGGCGGCACGGUCCCACCCUCACAGCAGCAGCCCGCCUACCAGUACGCUACUGCAACCGACAUGGCAACCGCACGGGCUCCACAGCCGCAGCUGGCACCGCCCGCCGUGCGCUCUGAGGCCGCCCCUGCUGUCGCUGAGCCGCCAGUAGAGCAGGCAGCUGCGACUGCUGUAGCAGCUCAGGAGGGCGCUGCAGGCGGCAAGGACUUUGGUAGCCUGAGCCCCGCCUUCCUCGAGGCGAUGCAGGAGACGCUGGAGGCGCUGGGUCACGACCUGACCUCCAUGGAUGCCGUACAGGAACUGGCGGGGGAUCCCUCCCUGGCCUCGCAACUGCUGCCGUACCUCGCCGUACCCGGGGUGACCGACGUGGCCGUACUGCGGGAGAUGGUACGCCAAUGGCAGAUGAUGCUGGCCAAGCGGAUGGAGGAGGAACGGGAGCUGGCGAAGAAGAAGCAGCGACCCGUGUGGAGGUGCGCGGUCUGCGGGCGGUACGGCUGCCCGGUUGCGCCGUAUAUUGAGCGAUAUGAGGAGUUUUGAACUGUGGAAUGGGAGGCCGGAUCAUACAGCCUCCAUGUACUGGCUGGGUAUCAGGCGGUUGUUGCUGAAGUUGUGUCGAUAAGCUGGGUAACCGCCUUGUGGCAAGGAGAAGGGUGGUUAAUGCUGGAGGCAACGCACACGACCUUGAAGGACGGGAUAUGUAAGCUAGGACAGGCCACCUGCGUAUAGUUGCGGCUCUCUGAAGCUGAUGCCGUGAUUCACUAAUUACCGAAGCGCUAUGGCGUGAUGUGCACCCGUGCAACGGAUUGCUUGUCGAAAGGGUAGCAGCUAAGAGGGCGAGGUUCGUUGGGAAAGGCCCUCUUUGAACCCUCGGGCCCCCGGUCUCGGUCAGGCUACCUGCUCCCGUAGAAACGUACAUGGGGUCUUUUGCCACCAUCUAGGGUGUGACCUUGGGGCGUUGGGGAGGCAGGGACCCUACAUAGCAGCAGGCUAUAUUGAUGAGCUAUUGCCGUACAUUAAGAGGGACAGUGAAGUCUUGCUCCUACGUUGCACUCUGCUGGCAAAUGUUAAUGGACACCUACCCGGAAUGCUCAUGGCCGCCUUGCUAGCGUCAUGGUACCAUACUCGCAAUCAGGGUAACGACGCACUCCCUAUCUACC